GGGCAUCUGGGUCAGGGAUCGCUCAGCCAUCUUCAGCAGUUACACCACAGCACUCCGUUCAGCGUUACAGACAUUCUCAGUCCUAUCGAGGAGUCGUAUAGGAAGCUGGAAUUGGCGGCCAAUCCGCCAUCACCGUACAGAUCAACCUCAAGCGGAAGCAGUAUAAAUUCUCCGGGUAUCACAGGAACUGGUCCGUGCAGUAUGAACGGCGGUUAUCCCGUCAUGGGCCAGUUCGGCGGUGGCCAGUACUGCCCAGUGUCCGAAAAUUUGGGUCUUGCCUCCCACUACUCUUCUGGAUGGUACCAAAGCUCAGCGGACCCCAGAUUUGCAA